AUGUUAAGAGAAGCGCUGCGAGAAUGCCCAUGGAAUUGUCUUACUCACACUUCAUGUAGAAGCAGUGACCUAAAACUGCCUCGGACUGCGCAGCUGAAUCUAAAACUGCAAACUUUAAGCACAGCGAGUACAAUGGAAGCUUUGCUCAUGAAGUUGAAUGAAUCGAUGAAUAUGGAUGCUUAUGAGGCCAGAAAUGUCUACUACGGUGUUGCAAACAGUAAGUAUCGACAAGCUCUAAUGGAAGUGUUUCUCGAAAGAAAAGAAUUCAUCAGAAUGCAAUUGGAUCCUACCGUCUACGAGAGUCCACCUCCUUCACACCAGAUCAAUGAAAUGCUGAAAGCGCUGGAUAAUCCAGUUUUGCCACUGGAUUGCACCGACGAGCUGGACGAGGAUUCCGAAAAGCUCGAGAAGGCUUAUAUCGGAAAAAUGAUCGAGCUUAGAGAUUUGCUCCAUACCAAUAUUCGUGAGCUACAACAGGGAUGCGACCACAUCAAAGCUGACAUAUGCCGAGUGUUAAGAAAUCAACAGAUGCUUAGGCCGAUUGAUCAUCAGGAUGUUAAUCGUGCAGUUGAGUCCAUUCGUCGCAAACACGAGCAGACGGAGAUAGAAGCUAAGCAGAUAAUAGCUAAUAGUGUGAUGAUAUUUCAGACAAGGAUUGCGGAUGUGACAAAACGAAGAAGGAAUUUUAGUAAAGAGGCUACGAGUAUACUGCAAGAGUACUAUGAUAGCCACUUAGAGCAUCCUUAUCCAACAGAAGAAGAAAAGGCUGCUCUUGCUGAAAAGUGCCAUAUUUCCAUACAGCAGGUAUCGAACUGGUUCGGUAAUAGGAGGAUACGCACGAAAAAGUCCCAGCGGUCCCAAGAACUGCUCAAAACGGGUUCCCGCUACAACUGCGCAUCUGAGGAUGGAAGAUGAACCUUCACAUCAAGUUCGUUCUUAUUAGGCUCUAACGGAAUUCAAUUUCUCUCUGGGUAUGUGUCUGUUUGAAUGAUGCUCCAAAGUAUUGCGAUAAAUGUGCGUGUGUUA